AUAUUAUACACACACCCUGCUCUCAUUCACCAAUAUCAUGCAAAAGCCUUAGCAAUAUUUUUCCAUUGCACCCCAUGGAUGGCGUCUUCACCCUCCCUAAAGCCGCCAGAGCUGAUUUUUUUCGCUCUCUGGUGCAAUCUUUUGGCUGCACUUACGUUUGUCUGUGGCAAUAUGACUCCAAUUUAUCAAAUUUGUUCUUCUUUGAUGGUUACUGCGAUGUAACGAACAACCAACCAAGCUCUUAUUUAGGGAGUGUAGCUGAAAGGCUUUUUCACCAAUAUCGGGCUUUAACGUUUGAUGUCAAUCACGAAUGUGUACCUGGAGUCGCUUUCAGGAAUCAGCUUCCCUACAUUGAGCUGCAACUAUUGGAUCUUCUAAGACUGACUUCGACAGAAAUACAAACACAAUUCUUUCAAGAAGCAAGGAUUGAGAUUGCUGUUUUCAUGGGGUGCAAAAACGGAGAAAUUGAGCUUGGGUUCUCCAACAUUUCUCAAGUAAUUAAGAAAACUAUACUACCUUCAUCAUCAUUUUGCUUCAUGUCAUUAUCCACGGGUAGCCCUGAUCAAUGUUCAUCAUCACUAUUACUCAGUAGUAUUCCGGGUACUUCCCAGUUCCAUUUUCCUCAAACCCUUCCCACACAAACACACCAACAACAAAGCAUCCAAGAAAUAGAUUUAGCUCCUGUCAUUCCAAGUUAUUUUCCCACACCAGAUGGUGAACAUGAAGCAAUAGUAAGAGCACUUAUGAGUGUUAUGUCUCCACUUUCUUCUUCUUCUUCAACUUCUCAGCAGCAUCAACCCCGCCAAAUUUUGCCUAAUUAUACUUCAAUAGUACAUCCAGGAGCCACCGCUUUCAAUACAUAUAGACCAGAUACAAUGAACCCUAAUAUAACACCCUACAUGGGAUCCAAUUUUCGCAGGCAAAGCCCACAGAAUAGAUCAUUUGCAUUCUUUACAAACUUAAAUUUGAUGAGAAUGAGAGAACUCGUUAGUCAACCUGCAUCCCGUCCCAUUAGUACCCAACACCAGCAGCAUCAUAUGAUAACAGAGCGAAGAAGGCGCGAAAAACUCAAUGAGAGUUUUCAGGCACUUAGAGCUCUUCUUCCUCCAGGAACUAAGAAAGCCAAAGGGACGAUCCUUACAACAGCAAAGGAUACAAUGAGAUCAUUGAUGGAUGAAAUUGAAAAGAUUAACUUGAGAAAUCAGCAGCUGAUGGCAGUUUUAUCAGCAAAAGAAACUACAGUGUCAGCUACUAGUACUAAAGAAAACAAAGCUAAACCUAGCAGUAGCUCCUCAAAUGAAAGAUUGAAUGUUCUUGUUUCGGCCGUGUUGGAAUCGAGUUCAUUAUCAGAAGAGCGAAUGGUGGACGUGCAAGUGACACUGAGAGGAGAAAGUUCUCGAGUUGAUGUAUUGAUUCGGCUAUUGGAAUUCUUAGAAAGGGUUCAGAACGUAAACUUGGUUUCCAUGUACGCAAACAACCAUAUUAUAGGAGGGACAACCAUUAACCAAUUAACCUUCAGACUGAGGAUUAUUGAGGGCAAUGAAUGGGACGAGCAUGCCUUGGAGGAAGCAGUUAGAAGAGUGGUUGCUGACACAAUACAGUGGAAACCACUGGACCAAUAAUCUAUAUAUCCACGCCAGCUGUUCGUGUUUGUGUUCAUGUUCAUGAUUAAUCUACCACUUGAUAGAGAGAAUAUUUUGAGGAUUAUUAAUUGUAAGUUUUAAGUUAUCGAUUUUUCUUUGUCGAAAAUGGGUACGGAGGAGGGAGGACACCAGCUCUGACUCAAGUUUAGAAGUCAAAGUAUUAAUGGGUAAUUAAUUCAUGCUUCUUUUUUUUUCUUUUU